ACCAAGUACCGAACCGUACGGUUGGAUUGCUGCAUCCCAUCCCCUUUUCUUCUAGGUAUAUCCGGCGGCGCAGGUGGCGAUGCUGUCGUCGGCAUGCCGGUGGAUUUGGCAGCGGCCGGCGUCUCUUUCAGAUCUAUGGCGCAUUAAUCAGAUCGCCGGCACCUCCUCCUCCUUAUGUCCGUCGGCACAGGAGAUGACUGAGGCACCAGCGAUAUGGAGGCGGUCGACGCGUCCUCCCUUCUCGUUCUCCCGAGGGUGGUGGCUUCGACCGGCAGCACGGGAAGGUCGGAUUUUGACCCGUCCCGAACCAGUCAGACUCAAUUAUUCUGGGGCGAGUCAGCUUCGCCAGUUUGGCGCAGCAAACCAGCGGCCGACGCCUCUUUCAGAUCUCGGGCACGUUCCUCGGAUCUCCAGCACCGACUCCUUCCGAUUUCCGUCGGCACAGGGGAUGACGAAGGCGGUGGCAUGGUGGCGGCCGAAGUCUCCAACCUUUUUGUUUCGAGGUCAGGCGUCUGCUCCUGGUUUCCUUUCCGAGGUGGGUCAGGCUCGCCAGUUUGGCACAGCCAAACAGCGGCAACGGCAGACCACGAAGCUGCAUCUGUACUUGGUACUUGAUGACCACGUUGACGGGUUCAGCAUCCACAAGCUGGACAUAGACGAUGACCUUGGCUGCGGCGGCUCUUCUGCACGGAACCCACUUCGCUUCUCAGAGCCACCUGUCCUCCGCAUAGGGCCUCCAACAAUUGGAAAUAGGGCACAGUUUGCUGCCCUUGGGAGCCACAUCGUAGCCACAUGUCCCUACGCCCUUGAAAUACCAACAGUACAAGAGGCCCAUGACAGUGUUACGCUCAUCUUUGACACCAAGACAGCUAAGCUUAUUAGGUCAACGAUUUUACCGAGCGGCCUAAUAGAGUGCUAUGACGCUGCCAUAGCCGUCAGGAACAGGCUCUAUGUGUUGGAAUCAUAUACGGACAGCAACACCGGCUUGGACAGUUUAUAUUUCUUUGGAGGCUUUCACUGCCUUUCUGCAGAUCCGAAUGAUGAUGACAGAGACUGGAGUUGGCUACCCUUGUUCAAAUCCUCGCAGUUCUCUUGGAGUUGGUAUAAGACCCCACCUGACUUUCCCUUUGAUCCCAAGUCUAUUACUUCGCUUGCCGUUCACCCUCGAUCCGGCACCAUAUUUGUGUCCGCUUGUCGGCAGCAGGUCUGGGGUACAUUUUCCUACGGCACUAGAGGUGGUGGCCAGUGGAAGCGCCGUGGUAAUUGGGUGCUGCCAUUCAAAGGCCCUGCCCACUAUGAUGAUGUGCUGGGCGCAUGGGUCGGGCUCCACACCCACUCUGUUGUCACAAAUGAUGCUGAUGGGUACCUUUGCGCAUGCCACAUCAUGUCUGGCCGGCAGCCGCCCAAGUGGAAAGUAGGCAGGGAGAAGCUUUUUCUAAAGCACCCACACUGGAGACAUGUGGAUGCCAAGCUCGUUCACAUGGGUGAGGGCAGCAAGUACUGCCUCGUGGAGCGCCUCGUACCCGAGGGAGGGCACAGGAUGAAUUAUGUGCUUCGUGUGACCACGUUCAUUGUCAAGUAUACUGAGGAUGGUGAGCUCAGCACCACGGCUCACCGCCCUGCUUGCUUCUAUAAGGCGCCUAGCUAUCAUUAUUGUUUCGAUGUGCAAGCGUUUUGGAUGUAGUCCAUGCUCAAUCUUGUUCAUGUAUUUUUUUUUUGACUGUAACUACGGCGGGCAUAAGCCAGCCUGAACAAAUAUUCAGCCAAGUCUCAAGUACAGAGUCAAAUUACAAGUUUGAAGGAGAAAAGAGAAAACAGAAAUGACACCGCCAAGCCUAGCAACUAAGCAU